AGUUGUUCUCUUUCGUCGAAUUUUUCAUAUUUUCAUACCCUGUUUUUGAUCCUUAGUCAUUUAUGCGUCAGUUUUUCCUCGGAUUUUUCAGGAAAUGGCAAUUAACCUUAAAAAUGACAGUAAUUCUAGUUCAAAAAAUGGAGUUGAGCACGUCGAAUCUAGUUUGCUCACUAAAUUAUGCUAUUUCGUGGAAUUUAUUAUCAACGCGAUCAGAAAAAGUGAAUAUUCGCAACAAAUUGAAUGUUUGGAUGGAAUUUAACUUGUCGUUGAACAGCAUUGUCUUGCGUCUGCUGGUUAUUGACAGAAAUUUCGUUCAAUCCUUUCCUGGACAGCUUAAAAUUGAGUAUUGUGUAUCAAUUGGGCCUCUUCCUGGUCAUCAAUUAAAAGGAACUUUUUUAAUUAAUGAAGCAACUCCAUUCAAUGGUGGAUUAGUCGUUGGAAAAGUUCAAAAUCCAUCACUGUUGAGACAAAUCGCAACAAAGAUUAUCUUCAAAUUGACUAAACCAGCCAAUCUAUCUCGAUUGAUUGAUGUUGAAACAAAUACAAUAGAACCAAGAUGCGAUUUCAGUCAUGUUGAUUUGAAUAAUCCAGAUUUUUCGGACUUUACAAUCGUUUUUGACAAUCAUCACUUUAAAGUCCAUAAAUUAGUUCUUGCAUUAUCAAGUUGCUUCUUCAAAUCACUUUUCGAGAAAAUUGAGUACGACGAGGAAUAUAAGGACAUGACAACAUAUUAUUGCGCUAACACUGAAGGAUAUAAUCACUUCCAUUUUGAAGUAUUGUUGAAUUUUAUUUAUACAAGAAAGCUGGAAACUUGCGCUUUUGGUCCAUACUUCUUUGUUGAGCUUCAUCAACUUGCUGUGUUUUAUCAAAUUGAGGAUUUGAAGAAGCUGUGCCUAUACAAUGUGGAAAAGAAUUAUCGGGAACUUUUGCAUUCUGAUGUUCAUAUACUUAAGAUCUUUAAGUACGCAACGGAAUGUGGAUUAAAGGAAUUAGCUGAUGACUGUUGGUUUUUGAUUAAAUUUGGAAUGUUGCGAAUCUUCGACAAAUUAAAGCAGGAACCACUGCCAUAUGAUAUAAUUAAUAAAGUAUUGCAGAAUCAACUUGUUGAAAGUGAAUUUUGGCGACAGUAUGCUGUUAAGUAAGACAUUCAUAAUUUUUUAUGCAUCUAAUGCUAAUUAAAUGAAUUUAAGUCUAAUUAAUUAUGUUAUUUUAAACAAUCAACUUCCAAACUCGAUAAAUUCACAUGAUGUGAACCUCUGAAAUAAAACAAUAAAAUAAAAUAGCUAGAAAUGAUCUCUAGGGACAUUUACUUUUG